UGGGGUUACUAUGUAUAAUGUAUCGCCAUCAUUAUAUUCCUUUACCACAUAACUCAGUUGCACUUUCAUUGAAUUCCCAAUCUGUCACUUCAUUCAAAUCUCAAUUGUGGAGAACAAGCUGUUUAAUUGGGGCUAAAUAGUGUCCAGUGGGAGUGCAGAGUGGUGUUAAGGGAGCUUUUUUCUUAGUGGGGUAGUUGCACAUAUAGCGACAGAUGAAUAUGGACAUUCGUAGUCUUAUGAUGGACAAUCAAAGGCAAAUGUUGAGUUUAGUUUGUUAGUGCUAAAAGUGUGAUUUUUGCACCAAAAAAAUCGUGCUAAAAGUCAUUGCAAAAGUAUUCUACAGACUACACUCGAGAUUAAUUGUCCAGUAUUUGCCCAGUUCUAACCAGGAUUAGAGGAGAACGAUGAGGCAAAACCGCCGAGGUCGUGUUUGGCACAUUGGAAUACUCUUCUUGAUAUACUCAUGCCUCUAUGUGUAUUCCGCGAAAAUUAAGACAUCCACCGAGGAAGAAAUCAAUGAAGAGCAAACUGGUUCGCUAAACGAACUCAAUGUGUCACCCAAUCCUACAUUCGACACUGAACUCUAUACCACAUCGAUCGCCAAGGAGGAGACUGACAUGAUUGAGUUAACAACGCGAGAGUCAUCUCACAUCCCACAUCAUCAUGCUCAUCCUACUUGGAGGCCAAAGCGACAGAAUUGCACCCCUCCGGCUAUUGAGCAGUUCCCUCAGCCCCUUAUGGGACCCAAUGCACGGAAACACGGUGGACUGGUCAUUCAUGUCAUCGUGGCGAUCUUUACUUUCUUAGGGCUCGCCAUUGUGUGUGAUGACUACUUCGUCUCAAGCUUAGAUAGAAUAUGUGAAGAACUUAAAUUGUCACCUGACGUUGCUGGUGCGACUUUCAUGGCUGCCGGUAGUUCGGCUCCAGAGCUAGCAACUGUUGUGAUCGGUGUGUUCUUUGCCAAAGAUGACAUCGGGGUAAGUGGAGUGAUCGGGUCGGCCGUGUUUAACAUCAUGUUUGUCAUAUCCGUAUGCGCUUUGUGUUCCGGAACCGUAUGUCAAUUGAACUGGUGGCCCCUAGUACGGGAUUGCUUCUUCUACUCAGUCUCAAUUCUCGUAAUGCUCAUCAUAAUAUUCAAUGAUACGAUCUCAUGGGUUGAGGCUACGGUAAUGCUGGUGUUCUAUGUCUUCUACUGCAUUGCUCUCCACUUCAAUAGUGCCCUUGAGCGUUGGGCUAUGACCUGGAAACUUCCAAUUAAGCUUCCGACGAAAGAAGAGCAAUCAGCACUGGUCACAUACAAGAAUAUCUCGGAUCCUACGUAUACACAGAAUGCCCAAGCUGUUACGAAUUUGUCACAGGAACCACAGCAGGAGCAACCGAAGGUCGAUGAGCAGUCCUAUAUGUACGAUGCCAAUGCCAGUUGGGAUCCAAAUGCAGCAUGGGGUGAUGAAUCCGGUGGCAAUAACUAUGGAACAGCUGCGACUACAAAUACUGGUUGGGGCGAUACAGGGCAACAGAAUGUUGACUCGUGGGAUGGGAACAAUGCUUGGGCAUCUGGGGAAGGGCAGCAAAAUUACGGCUACAAUCGUGAUGGUGCAGAACAGAACAUACAGGAUACAAAUACGGUUCCUCAGGGUAAUCCAACCACCGGAAGUGUCCAACAAACUCAGCAAGUCUCAAGCUACUAUAAAUCAGCUGAGCCUAAGAAUACAGAACCGAUAAAUCCUCUGGAGAAACCUACGACUGGUGGUGUACCAGCACUAAUUGCAUGGUACAUUGUCUAUCCCAUUCACUACAUGUGUCGCCUAACAAUGCCGGACUGUCGUUUGGAAAAGUAUCGAAAUUGGUAUCCAUUUACAUUCCUAAUAUCCAUGAUCUGGAUAUCAUUCUAUUCUUACUUCAUGGUAUGGAUGAUUACAAUUAUUGGGGCAACUCUUGGUAUUCCGGAUACUGUCAUGGGAUUAACUUUUGUGGCUGCCGGAGUUUCAGUUCCAGAUGCCCUGAGCUCAAUAGCCGUCAUUAAGGAAGGUUACGGCGAUAUGGCUGUGUCUAAUGCUAUCGGAUCGAAUGUAUUCGACAUCCUAAUAUGUCUAGGACUGCCAUGGUUUAUUCAGACGGCCAUCAUAAAACCAGGAUCUCACGUCAAUGUUAUAUCCAAAGGUUUGGCUUACUCAACUCUGUCGCUCCUAUCGACUGUCCUGUUUUUACUUGUUGCGACUCAUCUCAAUGGUUGGAAACUGGACAAGCGUCUGGGUAUCGUCCUAAUGGUUUGGUACCUAGUCUUCAUUACAGUCGCCUCUCUCUAUGAACUCAAUGUUUUCGGACAGCUAAACCCACCAGAAUGCCCAAGCGGUUACUAAAAGGAUACCGAUCCCAAAAAGAUGAAUUAUACAGAAAAGACAAAGAAAUUAUUUUUUUAUGAUUUUACAUAAAAGAUGUUUUAGUCAGUUAAUUUAUUAAACCAAAAGGAAAAGGUUAUAUUUUAAAAAUGUUUGGAUAUUUUUUAUUAUUAGAUUUUAAUCGAAAAAUGCAAUGUAAGUGAUUUAUGAAUGAUCUAAUUUGUUGAUAUUUACCCAUUCAUGUGCAAUAAUUCGUGACAUUUCAUAGAAUGAUAUCAAUCGUCUCCUUACCCCAAGGUCCAGUCAAUGGUUAUAGUUUACCUUAAUAAAGAAUAAAGACCUAUUUAAAAGAAGUGUAAAAAAAAUAUAAUACGUAUAGGAAUGUUGCAAUAACUUAUUAUACCAAACGAACCAAACAGGAAAAUAUAUUUGUAUAAUUUCCUAUUUUUCGCGAGACAAUGUUGUGAAAAUUUUGAUAUAAUAUUAUAAUUAUUAGAUGAAAGAAGACCUCUCUCCCCAAUUUUACAUUUCCGAUUUAUACCUCUUCUGUCCUCUGUCUUCUCUUUAGAAAAAUUGCAUUUUUCAAUUCUAAUUUCAAGCGUUGCGUAGUUUUGAAAAUUUCAAAAUUUCACCUCUUAGCUAAAGUUUGUCUUUGCAAAAUGCUUUAAGACUCCAGAAGAGUAAAAUUGGCUAGACAAUCUCAUUAAAAUAAACUUCUUUGCAAUUCACAAAUAUUUUUUUUAAUUAAAUUUAAACAGUUUUCUUGUUUCAUCAGAAGCACAAAAGUUAUUUUCGGUUUUUGUAAAAAGAAAUUGCGAAAAUUUGCUCUUGAAUACGAACUGCUGUAAAUGCUUCCCUUCAAAAUAAAUAUAACGUGUUAAUUAAUGUUAAAUGAAAAAACUUCUAAUACUUCUGCUAUUGAAAUAUAGUUUAGAACCUCAUUUCCGAAAGCGCUAAAAGAAAAAUCUGUUGAUAUGAUAUAAUGUAAAUAAAGAUACAUAAAUUCACAAAAAAAUAAAUAAAUAAAUAAACAAAUUGCCGUGCACAGAAGAAGGUCCUAAUACCCGAUAAAAGUACUAAAAUAUUGAAUAAAUAUUAACUAAAAUUAUGAAAAAAAAGAAAAACAAGGUUUUUCUUCCUCAAAAACUUCAAAAACUAAUUUGGUUCUAAAAAUUUUUAUUUAAAUUACUAAAGAGAAAUUGAUUUUCUUAUUGUUGACAAAGGCUUUUGAAAAAAAAUUAUUAAAAAUAAAACCUAGGGUUUCUUGUGGUCGCAAAAGAUAACACUCAAUUAAAGUAAAAAAAAAGUCCUAAAAACUGAUCCAAUUAAAUGUAUUAACAUACAAAACAUCGAAGAAAAUUUAUUUAAAAAAUAAAGAUGAAAUAUGUAAAAUUGUGAUGGAAACAUCAAAAAACUAUUAUGUAUAGCGGUGCCUGAGAAUUUAAAAAAAAAUCGUUGUCAUUUCUGGCAAACAGACGUUUAAAGAAAAAUACCCCAAAAGAGAAAACACUGAGCAAAAGUUUUAAAGAAAAGAGUAAAUGCCACAGAAAGCAAAAACCUUAUACAUGAAAUAAAAGUUAAUUUAGCAAAUAUUGAUAAAGAUGAAAACAAUGAUCAAUUAUAUAACAUCAAUUACAUAUAUUGUUAUCAAUGUUGUGUAUACUUAAAAAAGACAGAAACCUCAUCUAUGAUAUGAACAAAUUAAACAGAAAGAAUUUGACAAUUAUCUUAUAGAGACAGUGAUUGAGUCAAUUAUUUUAUUAUUGCAAAUCUGUUUAAAAGUAUGUAAUAAUCUGCAUGAAAUUUCUUGCUAAUUUCACAUAUUAAUUUUUGCAAAAGUCCAGUUCGGGUUACAGCUUUACGCUUGAAAUAUAUAAUAAAUUGUUUUUGCUCCCCUUUUAAAACACGAUGACAACUGAGAAAUGCUCUCUUAUUCCUACCAAACUCUAUACUUUCCAUAUAGUCUUUUUCUGGUAAUAAACUCUUCCAAGGGUAGAAAGUACCAUGCCCUAAGGCAUAAAACAUUCGUAACCCCAUCAAGAAUGCUCCUUAAUUUGUUCUAAAAGUUAAACAAAAGUUGUACUCUGUUGAUAAAACCAUCAAAUAGAAAAAUAAUAUUGAAUUCUGUUUUGAGUCAGCCUAAUUAGUCUAUAUAUCAAUGUACUUGUAUUUAUCAAUUAAAAUAUAUAUCAGAAGACAAUAAUUUUCAGAUAUUAGAUUCUAUAAAGUUAUUUCAAUUCUUAGAUAUCUAAAUUUUCACAAAAUUUAAUGUUCCACUUGAAUUGUUUAACCCCAAAACAAAAAAAAUGGUAUCUAAUCUAUUCUUGAAUCUCAAAUAAGAAGCAUUUGUGUUCAGAUUGUAAAAAGUUACCAUAAUGUCAAUGAGCAUGAACUGUUAUGUUAAAAUAAAAUAAAAACGUGUUAAGCUACAA